CUGCACAACCGAACCUGGCAGCUGCAGGAUGACCCUCACCAUUGGGUGCCUUGGCUGCUUCCUCUCCACGCCUCUAUGGGUUGGGGGCUGGCCCCUAUGCUUGCUAGUGAUUGCAAUAAGCCGGGUAUAGGGCAGGAAGGACUUGCUCUAGUCACUCCUCCUUCCAUGAGUCUGAGGGUUUGUGUGAGAGCUGAAGCAGGGAGAGCUUCCAGGGACUCACAGUAAGCAGUUUUGGGGCUGUGGAGCAGAAGAACAUCCCCCCCCCCCCCACCCAAGAUCUCCUCCAUGGAUUAUUGAUUCUCCUGGGCAGCAGCAGAAGAGUUAAGCUUCUUGCAGGACUCACCUGGGCUAUUGUUCUGCAGGAUCUUCUUCUUCCUUAACCCCCCUUUGAUCUGGACAUACCCCAGCGGAUCACAUCUAUUGCAUUCCUAUGAUCAAGGGCUUGUGAAAAAAAACAAAAACCUCCUUCCCCCCCCUACCCCUACCUCUCUUGGAGCUCCAUGGCGACUGUUGUGGAGCCCAUUUUUGGACUUUCAGAAGAUGAAGAGGAGUCUCGUAUUCUCAGAGUGAAGAUUGUAUCUGGCAUUGACUUAGCAAAGAAGGACAUCUUCGGAGCUAGUGACCCUUAUGUGAAACUGUCCCUGUACGUUGCCGAUGAAAACCGAGAUCUCGCAUUGGUGCAAACUAAAACCAUAAAGAAGACGCUCAACCCAAAAUGGAAUGAAGAAUUCUUCUUCAGAGUCCAUCCAACCAAUCACAGACUGUUGUUUGAAGUGUUUGAUGAGAAUCGAUUGACGAGAGAUGACUUCUUGGGUCAAGUUGACGUGCCUCUAAACCACUUACCGACAGAGGAUCCCACAAUGGAGAGGCCAUAUACAUUCAAAGACUUUUUACUCAGACCAAGAAGCCACAAGUCUCGGGUGAAAGGUUUCCUGAGAUUAAAGAUGGCAUAUUUGCCAAAGAAUGGAGCCCAAGAGGAGGAAACCAGUGAGCAAAGGGAAGAAGCCGAGCAUGCCUGGGAUGUUGUAGACUCAAAUGACAAUACCUCUCCACACCAACAAGAAAUGCCCGCUCCCCCAAUGCCACCAGGAUGGGAAGAGAAAGUGGAUAAUCUUGGGCGCACAUAUUAUGUCAACCAUAAUAACAGGACCACACAAUGGCAUCGGCCAAGCCUAAUAGAUGUUACCUCUGAAUCCGAUAGUAACAUCAGACACAUACAGCAAGAGGCCCACAGAGUGUUCCGAUCCAGGAGACAUAUCAGUGAAGACCUGGAGCCAGAACAUGUAGACGGAACAGAUGCACCUGAGCCAUGGGAGACCAUUUCUGAAGAAAUGAGCCUGAGCAGUGACACUCUGAACGCAUCGCUGCCGCCACCUGCCUCUCCAGUCUCCCGGGCCAGCGCUUUGGAACUUUCUGAGGAGCUUAACCGGAGGCUACAGAUUAAUUCGGAGUCCAAUGGGGAACAGUUCAGUUCACUUAUUCAGAGGGAACCGUCCUCGAGACUGAGGUCUUGCAGUGUGACAGAUGGCGUUGCGGAGCAGGCUCAUUUAGCAAUGCCCAGCACCCCAACGGGAAGAAUGCGGUCUUCAACUGUGACUGGUGGAGAGGAAUCCACGCCAUCGGUGGCCUAUGUACAUACCACUCCGGGUUUACCGUCAGGCUGGGAAGAAAGGAAAGAUGGUAAAGGACGCACAUAUUAUGUCAAUCAUAACAAUCGCACCACAACAUGGACCCGUCCAAUUGUGCAGCACGCUGAAGACGGUGCGGUGGGAUCCACCUCAAACAGUAGCAACCAUCUGAGUGAACCUCAGAUCAGGCGGCCUCGUAGUCUCAGUUCCCCCACAGUUACUUUAUCUGCUCCACUAGAGGGUGCAAAAGACUUCCCAGUGCGCCGCGCAGUGAAGGAUACACUAUCCAACCCACAGUCUCCACAACCAUCCCCUUAUAAUUCUCCUAAACCACAGCACAAAGGGGCGCAGAGCUUCUUACCGCCAGGUUGGGAGAUGAGAAUAGCACCAAAUGGCAGGCCAUUCUUUAUUGACCAUAAUACCAAAACUACCACCUGGGAGGAUCCACGCUUGAAAUUUCCUGUACAUAUGAGAACAAAAGCCUCUUUAAAUCCCAAUGACCUAGGACCUCUACCACCUGGCUGGGAGGAAAGGAUACACUUAGAUGGCAGAACGUUCUACAUAGAUCACAAUAACAAAAUAACACAGUGGGAAGACCCCCGGCUACAGAAUCCGGCAAUCACUGGGCCGGCCGUCCCCUACUCCAGAGAAUUUAAGCAGAAAUACGACUACUUCAGGAAGAAAUUGAAGAAACCUGCGGAUAUACCCAACAGGUUUGAGAUGAAGCUUCAUAGAAACAACAUUUUUGAAGAAUCCUACAGAAGAAUAAUGUCUGUGAAGAGGCCUGAUGUCCUGAAGGCGAGACUAUGGAUAGAGUUUGAAUCUGAGAAAGGCCUGGAUUAUGGCGGGGUGGCCCGAGAGUGGUUUUUCCUGUUAUCCAAAGAAAUGUUUAAUCCGUAUUAUGGGCUUUUUGAAUACUCUGCUACGGACAAUUACACCCUUCAGAUAAACCCCAACUCCGGUCUCUGUAAUGAAGAUCAUCUAUCGUAUUUCACAUUUAUCGGGCGGAUUGCCGGCCUUGCAGUGUUCCAUGGAAAACUAUUAGAUGGUUUCUUUAUUCGACCAUUCUACAAGAUGAUGUUGGGAAAACAGAUAACAUUAAAAGAUAUGGAAUCUGUGGAUAGUGAAUAUUACAAUUCUCUAAAAUGGAUCUUAGAAAAUGACCCCACUGAGCUGGAUCUCAGGUUCUGUAUAGAUGAAGAAAACUUUGGUCAGACUUAUCAGGUUGACUUAAAGCCAAACGGGUCAGAGAUGGUUUUGACAAAUGACAACAAGAGGGAGUAUAUUGACCUUGUAAUCCAGUGGAGAUUUGUGAAUAGGGUACAGAAACAGAUGAACGCCUUUUUAGAAGGAUUUACUGAACUCAUUCCUAUUGAUUUGAUAAAGAUUUUUGAUGAAAAUGAACUCGAGCUCCUGAUGUGCGGCUUGGGAGAUGUGGAUGUAAAUGACUGGAGACAGCACACACUGUACAAAAAUGGCUAUUGCCCGAACCACCCGGUAAUCCAGUGGUAUUGGAAGGCCGUGCUGCUGAUGGACGCCGAGAAACGUAUUCGACUGUUGCAGUUCGUGACUGGGACUUCUCGAGUGCCUAUGAAUGGAUUUGCUGAACUCUAUGGUUCAAAUGGUCCUCAGCUGUUUACAAUAGAGCAGUGGGGAAGCCCAGAUAAACUGCCCAGAGCUCACACAUGCUUUAACCGUCUCGACUUACCUCCAUACGACACCUUUGAAGAUUUACGGGAAAAGCUACUCUUGGCGGUGGAGAACGCUCAGGGAUUCGAAGGGGUCGACUAGCAAGGGGAUUUCCUUGCCCUUUUUUUUUCUUCUUCUUCUUCUUCUUCCUCGCCCGAUCGAAUUGCAUCUUUCGCUUGGAAAACAGAUGAAAUGGACAAUUGGCGGUGAUGAACCAGAGACACUUGCAGAGAAAAUGUAAGAAAAAAAAAAAUCUCUUAUAGAAGAUACAGAAAGAGAAGGACAAAAGGCGGCGCCGGUUUGUGCCAUUGAUACGUUGUGUCAGUUUACGUAGCGACGUUUCGCUGUUGCUACAAUUUCUACUGUUGCCUGCAGUUGUCAAUGGGAAAUAGCAAUGUUUUUUUUUUUUUUUGCUGGUAAGAUGGUACAAUUUUAACACGGACGUGGGGUUUCCGGGGCGUCACUGUGCCAAUUGUGAACAGAUUUUCUGGUCUUUGAAAAAAACAAAACAGGAAAAGAAUAAACCCGAGGCUCCUGACGCUGGUUCUGCAGUGCAGCUUCCUCAGUGCAGGCGUCUUGUCCUCACUCACCAUAGACUGCGGAUGGUACUUCUCCGAUCUCUACGGCAAAUCACGCACUGUUCGUUGUAUACUUAAAAAUUACAUUUCAGGAGGACUUUCUCUUAUUUAUGUGGUGCCAGCCCUUUAAAAAAAAAAAAUUGGUAUUUUACAAAAAAAAAAAAAACUUUCUAAUGACAAUGAAUGGAACGAAUCACUUUGGAAGGUAUAGUAUUACUACCGUGUUUACUUUUUAAAAAUGAUUGAGACCUAUUUUCAAAUUUUACUUCACUCUGAUUAAAGCUGUAUACUCCAAAAAAAAAAAAAAAAAAACUCUUCCCAGAAUGCUUCAGUUCUCUUUCCUAUGGGAUGCUUUUGUUUCCUUUUUUUUUUUUUUACUCCUGCCCCCCAAUGAGUUGACUUUGUUGUAUUUUGACACCAUUGUUGAUAGAAACAUCUUAUAUCUGUGUUUCCCAACCAGUUUGUGACUCCAGCUGUUGCUAAACUACAACUCCCAGCAUGCCCGGACAGCCAACGGCCAGGCAUGCUGGGAAUUGUAGUUUUGCAGCUGGAGGCACACUGGUUGGGAAACACGGUCUUAUAAUAUAAUCCAGAAAUUCAGCGGGGGGAAACAUCUGGCGCGGAAAUUCAAAUAUCGGACACCGCCGAAUGAAUGAACAUGUUAAUUCUUUUCUGCAGAAUCCACUCGGAAAUGCAUUUGUGCAUUUCCGAGCCAUUCUAGCCAGCGGAACAUUCCGUCCAGAAAUGUUAUUACAAUUUCACCCUGUGAUUGGGGCCUAAGGGUUGCUAGUAUAAUCAGUCUCAACUCCUUUUUUUCACCAGUUGCGGACAAAAAUAUGUGAAAUAUAUAUA